AUGUCGUUGGUACUCCCGGGACUACGCAGAGUAGCCCUGAGGGCACCGCUCUCCUCUGCUUCCGUCUGCCGCCGAUACACGCGGCAGCAACAGCAACAACAACAACAGCAGUGGUCGACACCACAAUCCGCACCGUCGCGGAUACUGCGCAUUGUACGGCAGACGAGGUCUCAGAGCACAGCGACCACGACACAGACGCCAUUGAGUGAAGUGGCACGGCAAGUCGCGUCGACGAGUGCCCGUGCUCGUGCUCCCCAGCAAGCAGCGAAAGGAAGACGAGGAGCAUGGCCCGAGACAUCGUCCAAGUCCGUCGCAUACUGGCUCCUCGGCAGUGCCGCUAGUGUCUUCGGUAUCGUCGUAUUUGGUGGACUUACACGGCUGACCGAGUCUGGUCUCAGCAUCACAGAAUGGAAACCCGUGACCGGCUCGCUCCCGCCCAUGUCCCAGGAGGACUGGGAAUCCGAGUUCACAAAGUACAAGGCCUCGCCCGAGUUCAAGAUGCUCAACUCGCACAUGGACCUCUCCGACUUCAAGAACAUUUACUUCUACGAGUGGACGCACCGCCUGUGGGGCCGCGUCAUCGGCAUGUCCUUCGUGCUGCCCACCAUCUACUUCAUCGCCCGCCGGCGCGUCACCCGCCGCAUGGCCCUCUCCCUCGUCGGCAUCAGCGGCCUCAUCGGCUUCCAGGGCUUCAUCGGCUGGUGGAUGGUCAAGUCCGGCCUGAAGGACGACCUGUUCGCCCCCGGCAGCCACCCUAGGGUCAGCCAGUACCGCCUGGCCGCCCACCUGGCCACCGCCUUCGUCUGCUACUCCUGGAUGCUGCUCUCGGCCCUCACCAUCCUGCGCGGGCGACGCGUGCUCGCCGCCCCUGCCCAAGGCCUCAGCCACCUCACCGCCCUCCAAUCGCCGGCCCUCUCGACCCUCCGCCGCUCCACCGCUCUGCUGACCGGCCUGGUCUUCGUCACCGUGCUCUCCGGCGCUCUGGUCGCAGGCCUGGACGCGGGACUGAUCUACAACGAGUUCCCCAAGAUGGGCCUGGGUCUGACACCGCCCAAGUCCGAGCUCUGGGACAAGUUCUACAGCCGCAAGGAGGACGGGUCGGAUCUCUGGUGGCGCAACAUGCUCGAGAACCCCUCUCUGGUACAGCUGGACCACCGCAUCCUGGCCACGACGACUUUCUUCGCCGUUCUCGCUCUCUUCGCCUACUCCAGGACCGGACGGGUCGCGACUGCCAUGCCCAACGAUGUGAAGAAGGGCGUUCUGGGUAUGGUGCACCUGGUCAGCUUGCAGGUCGCCUUGGGCAUCACCACACUGAUCUACAUGGUGCCUAUCCCGCUCGGUGCCGCGCAUCAAGCCGGUGCACUGGCACUAUUGACUGGAGCGCUCGUUCUGGGACACCGGCUGCGGGUGCCCAAGUCUUUGUUGGCGCAGGUGCAGAGGAGAUUGCAGGCCACUCAGGCUCACGUCAAGCGAUAG